AUGAUUCUGGUAUCUACAUUAAAAUCUAACAUAUUUUUUUGUUUGUCUACUACUACUACUACUACUACUACUACUACUACUACUACUACUACUACUACUACUACUACUACUACUACUACUAUUACUCAGACUACUACUACUACUACUACUACUACUACUACUACUACUACUACUACUACUACUACUACUACUACUACUACUACUACUACUACUACUACUACUACUACUACUACUACUACUACUACUACUACUACUACUACUACUACUACUACUACUACUACUACUACUACUACUACUACUACUACUACUACUACUACUACUACUACUACUACUACUACUACUACUACUACUACUACUACUACUACUACUACUACUACUACUACUACUACUACUACUACUACUACUACUACUACUACUACUACUACUACUACUACUACUACUACUACUACUACUACUACUACUACUACUACUACUACUACUACUACUACUACUACUACUACUACUACUACUACUACUACUACUACUACUACUACUACUACUACUACUACUACUACUACUACUACUACUACUACUACUACUACUACUACUACUACUACUACUACUACUACUACUACUACUACUACUACUACUACUACUACUACUACUACUACUACUACUACUACUACUACUACUACUACUACUAUUACAACUACUACUACUGCACACUGCAAACAUCAGAACUUCUUUCAAACUUCCCAGGUAUAUAUUUUGAUAUUAAUUCAAUGA